UUUUUUCCUGCAUAUUGAGUUCUGACUGAGUAAGAAAUGGAAAGAGGAGGAGGACUGGUGGUGCGGGGACGUGUAGAGAUCGAUACGAGGCAGCCAUUCGGGUCAGUGAAGGAGGCAGUCAUGUUAUUUGGAGAGAAAUUUUUGGCAGGAGAAAUUUAUGCCAAGCAACUCAAAGAGGUGCAGAGCAAGGCAAGUGGUGAACAGAACCAGUCUAAAGUUGAAUCACCAGUAACAGUAGAGCUUGAAGAAACAAAGCAAAACCUCCAGAAAAGUAAAGAAGAAGGAACAUUCAUGGCGCAUUGCCUUCAAUCUUUAAAAGAAGAGCUAGAACUAACAAAAAGAGAGAUACAGCAAUUGAAGACAAGAGAACUGAAGCAGAAAGUACCGUUAGCGCUGGAUAAUCCUGAGAUUGAUGAAGAGCUCAAAUUCAUCGAGAAUCCGUCAUCCAAAGUUGAAGCCAGAACACAGUUUCAAGAGGAAGAUGACAAUGAGAUAGAGUUCAAGACAAAGAGGUCUGUUAAAUUUGCUAGUACACCUUUACUCACAAGGAUCAUUGUCAGCAAAGAUCAUGUAAAUAAAGAAAUGGAGACUAGUCCUUCACAACUUAAGAAGAAAAUGAAAAGGAAAAUGAGGCCUUUAAUCCCUUUGAUUAGUGGAUUGUUUUCCAAGAAGAAGGGAAAUCAAGAACACUAAUAUUCAUACAAACGGUUCGAGCUCUGGAUAUGGAGUCAUCUUUGUUAAGGAUAA